CGUGGUUUUUGUUCUCAAGGCUUUUGAAUUACUGUAGGUGGGCCGUGUGUUGACGUAUUCAGCCGUAGCUCUAUUAUCAGCGUUACGGUAGGAGAGGGGUUAAAAAUGACGUAGAGGCACACCUCCGGCUUGGAAGGACACCAGUCGGCCCGAGGAGGCACCUCAGCACCAAGGACAGGCCGGCCAGACUGCCUCCUCCGGCCGCAGCGGCGGACGCAAACUCUCAGUCCGGAGAUCCCUGUACCGACGGUGUUUAACGGCGUCUCUGGCGGGCAGGAUUCAUCGUUUUUGCCUAUCGAGCAGCUUGGAUGAUGCCCCUUUGAGAGAGAGAGAGAGAGAGAGAGAGCUGAUUGCAAAUUGAGCUCUAACAAGAUUUCAACAUGUCAAGCGCUCAGAGGGACAAUGGCUCUGCAAACUCAGCAGAAGCCAAGAAAACAGACGUGAGAAUAAAUGAGAAGAAAUGCUCGUGGGCUUCCUAUAUGACGAAUUCUCCGACAAUGAUCGUAAUGAUUGGCCUGCCCGCGAGAGGGAAGACCUACAUGUCAAAGAAACUCACACGUUACCUCAACUGGAUAGGAGUACCAACAAAAGUGUUUAACUUGGGCGUGUAUCGCAGAGAGGCAGUCAGAGCUUACAAGUCCUACGAUUUCUUCCGCCACGACAAUGAGGAAGCCAUGAAAAUAAGAAAACAGUGUGCUCUGGUAGCUCUGCAGGAUGUGAAGGCAUACCUGACGGAGGAGGGAGGUCAGAUAGCGGUUUUUGAUGCAACAAACACAACAAGAGAAAGGCGAGACCUCAUUCAAGGCUUUGUGAAAGAGAAUGCAUUCAAGGUGUUCUUUGUGGAGUCAGUGUGUGACGACCCAGAGGUCAUUGCUGCUAAUAUUCUGGAAGUGAAGGUGUCCAGUCCCGACUACCCUGAGAGACAUAGAGAGAGAGUAAUGGAUGACUUCCUUAAACGAAUCGAGUGCUACAAGGUUACUUACCAACCGUUAGAUCCUGAUAACUACGACAAGGACCUGUCUUUCAUUAAGGUGAUGAAUGUGGGCCGGCGUUUUUUGGUGAACCGGGUGCAGGACUACAUCCAGAGUAAGAUCGUCUACUACCUCAUGAACAUCCACGUGCACUCUCACUCCAUCUACCUGUGUCGGCACGGAGAGAGCAACCACAACGUCGAAGGCCGCAUCGGGGGAGACUCAGAGCUCUCUCCUCGAGGGAAACAGUUCGCCCACGCCCUGCGAGAUUUCAUUGAGGAGCACAAACUGUCAGAUUUGAAGGUGUGGACGAGCCAACUGAGGAGGACCAUCCAGACAGCGGAGGAGCUGGGGGUGCCUUAUGAACAGUGGAAGAUACUCAAUGAGAUCGAUGCUGGUGUGUGUGAGGAGAUGACCUAUGAGAUGAUCCAGAAGACAUUCCCAGAGGAGUUUGCUUUGAGGGACCAGGACAAGUACCACUAUCGCUACCCAGGAGGGGAGUCCUACCAGGAUCUUGUUCAGCGAUUGGAGCCAGUUAUCAUGGAGUUAGAGAGACAGGGCAACGUGUUGGUCAUCUGUCAUCAGGCUGUGAUGCGCUGUUUGCUAGCUUACUUCCUGGACAAAAGUGCAGAGGAUCUGCCAUACAUGAAAUGUCCGCUCCACACAGUGCUUAAACUUACCCCUGUUGCAUACGGUUGUAAAGUGGAAAUGUUUUAUCUUAAUGUGGAGGCAGUAAACACACAUCGAGACCGGCCUCUUGGUAAAAUCCCGAGGGACUCUGCUCUCAUACAUCGGCGGAAUAGUUACACCCCCUUGGCCAGUCACGACCAGGUCAAGCGUCCCAGGCUCUACAGCGCAGGCAACCAGCCCUGGCUACCGCUCGCCCCCACCCCAUCAGCUCUGAUGCCAGAGGGACGGCAAAGCCAAGAGUCCCUGUGCGAAGGAAUCGACUUUGACAGCCCCGAAGAAUCUAGUGGCUGUGUCCGCUUCUGAGUGAAGAUGAGAGCCUCUUUUCUUCAUGGCACAAAUGUGGGGCAGAAGUUUUGGGUUCAGUCAUGACUCAAAAGAUGGAGGUUUUUUUUUUGUUUUUUUUUUUUUUUGUUUGAGAAACCACAUUUUGGGAAAUCAUGGUCAGAGUAAGUGUAAGAUGAAGUUAAAGAACAGUGACACAAGGUCAUUUUUGUUUGUCUCAACCUCCUGUUUGUCUUUACUCUGCAUGCUGAGGCUUUGAACUUGAAGCCUUAUCAUUAGUAUCAUAAACUCCUCUGCAUGUGCAUCAGAGAUCAAUCAACCAACAGAACAUACUGUUAUUACAAAACUGGCAACUAAUCCUAGUUGUACUGUAAAUAAUACAAUGCCUUACUGAACAUUGAAUAUAUUGGUAGAAUUAGCUCCUCUGUAUGCCUCUGAAUGUAACAGGUUAUGCAUUAUUAUGAUGAAAAUCAAUUUUCCAUAUUGCAAACAGAACAUGUUAUUAAAGCAGAUGCUGUAAGAUAUUUUUAUAAUACAAGUCCACUCAUCUACCAUGUACAAUCUGUAGUUGUGAUUCUUAUCGUGUAAUGUAUUCCUAAGCCAUCAUCUGUUAUGUCUUAUGUUUAUAGAUUUGAGAGAAUGUACUCAUCUGGUUCUGAAGGAGAUUAAAACACUGUUAUGGAAGGAUUUUAUGUGUUCGAGAACACACUCCAUUGCUGGACAUGUUAUAUACCAGCGGUAGAUAAACAAAUGUAUUUUUCUGUCACAAGCUGCCAUUUGCAAACCAAAUGUAUUAAGCUGGUAUUAUCUGUCACAGUGUACACUAAAUGGAAAAUGUUUAUUUGUUAAUCCAUUGUUCUUUAUGCUUGUGUAUUCUAGGAAGGGAUUUUGUGCAACAAAAACAGAACAUGUUGAAGGUAUGUUAGCUGUUUCUUGACACUUGUAUUCACGUUAUCAUACUGGCCAAAGUUUGUUUCAAUUGCUUUAUGCAAGUGUAUCUUUUCUCCUGAAAUUCUCUGUAACAUCAGCCAUUUUUAUUUAAUAAUAGACAGUGGUACAAGUUUCAUUCUUUGACUAUGUAAUGUUUGACUGCCCUGCUCAGAGCAGCCUACUUGUGCCUUUUUAGCAGACAAUAAAAGUGGGUUUGAUGUGAUUUUUAUACCUGGCUGCACUGACAACACAUUGAGAGGAUACAUUCUUGACCAAAACCUUUUUGUAAUGAACCCCAGAAAACUGUGGCACACAAAUCACUAAAAGCUGAAAUGUUUCAUUACCUCUGAUGAACUGCAAAAUGCAAAUUAAUUAAAUUACUUUUAUCUGCCAUUUGAAACCCAUGAUUUCUCUUCUGAAUGAUGAUGUUUUUGAGAGAAUCUCUGAUUGACCCAAAUACAUCCAGUCACUUUUUAAGCACACCUGUACUAAGAAGGCAACUGGGCCAGGUGGCAUCUCUCCAGGAACAUGUGCAGAAGAUCUAACAUCAGCAUGGUGCCCUAUCCUCCAAAAAUACAUGGACCAAGAUCCCCACCCUUUGGAAGAAAUCAAUUACUACACCUGUCCCUAAAAAAACCCUGCCAAAAAAAUUAUUUUGGGGAUAUACAUAUUGUAUAAAGAAUGUAACAAUUUGUCAUGUACUUCUCUUAAUUUAAAGUUUGUAUGAGGUAUGAGGUCCUUGGGAAUUGAAUUCCUAAUUUCUUUGGAAAUCAACACAACCUUUAAAAAUAAUGGACCUGUAAAAUAAAGAGUUCUACCCAAAA